CUGGGUAUCCAUUAUCGAAUAUAUUGUACCAAAACAGGCAGCUGCCCUUUUGGGGAAAGAUGGAUACUUCAAGUUUUGGAAACACCGUCGCACCCCCUUGUUCCACAUUAUCAAGCUGAAAUUUGAGAGUUUAAAUCUGAUACAGCUAUGCUUCGGACGUGUGCUCUUAUAUGUUUGCUAUACGGAGUUGCUUUAAGUUUUGAGAGACAAGUAAAACUAUCAAGAGUAUCGCAUGGGUAUGCAUUAUCCCACGCUCACUUGAUGCCUUUGUUGAGCCUGAAGGAAGAGGUGACUGGGAAUCUAAGAAACUAUGCAACGGUUUUAACAAAGCGGUUAACCCAAGUCAAACUGGCCAUUAAACAUGUGGAGAAUCUUGUUAGGUCCAAACAAUCGCAAAAUGCAUUGGUUACCUUUAAAGAAAUACGAGAAUUUUACUAUGACUGGGGAAAAUGGCUUACUUUUCUAAAGGAAAAACACGGCCAUAAGGAAAUAUCCAAAUUAAAAAGUUUACGAAAUAGUAUGCCCACGAAAAUUGACCACGACGAGGCUCUAUAUGGCAUCCAUCGCCUGCAGACAACCUACAAACUCGAUCCGGCUGAAUUGUCAAAUGGUUUGAUAAAAGGAAAGCAGUAUAAAUACAAAAAAUUCAAUGCUGCGGAUUGCCUUAUGACCGGCUCAGUAUUUUAUCUGAACGAGAAUUUCCAGGAUGCAGAGCGUUGGUUUCAGAUGGCCUUGGAAAAAUACUACAACGAUCCAAACUCGAAGCAGUUUGAUAUCUUUGGAUGGUCCGAGGAUUUUAUUUUGAAGCUGCUUAUGAAGGCGGCUCAGAGUUCUGGUCGAUAUAAGGCCGCUUUGGAAUAUGCUGAAAAAGCGUUGGUUAUCGACCGUAGCCGCACUUUUUGGCAACAACAAAUACCCAGGCUCAAAAAUUUGAGUUCGUCGCCCGAAUAUCCUAAACCGGAAAAAGUCGAUGAAUAUCUAUUUAAGCCGGCUUGUCGCAUGGAAUAUCCCGCUAAAAAAUAUUUGCGUUGCCAUCUUCUAUUUUCCUCGCCGUUUCUUAAAUUGGCACCUAUAAAAGUGGAGGAGCUAAACCUCGAUCCACCUAUAAAUAUUUACCACAAUCUCAUCAAUAACGAAGAAAUUGUUUUGCUCAAGGCUCUGUCAACUCCGCACUUGAAGCGCAGUCUCUUUUACAGCGAAACUAAUCUAGUGAUUGAAGAUUUUUCCAAUCUUCGCACUUGCAAAACAGUGCGUUUGAAAGAUAGUGAUCAUCAUAGUUUAAUGAAGAAGUUGAAUCAACGUAUUACGGAUGCGACAAGCUUGAGUGUGGUGCAGUCCGAGGAUUUGCAGAUAAGUAACUAUGGCAUUGCUGGACAUCUAUAUGAGCACCAGGACUCCGGAAAAUCACCUGAGGGUACAUUUUGGGUGUCCGGCAACCGCGUUAUCACAGCAUUGUAUUACCUAAGUGACGUGGAGCUGGGCGGUGAAACUGUAUUUCCCUUUUUGGACCUGCGAGUUCGCACGCAAAAGGGUUCCUUGUUGGUCUGGUACAAUCUUUUAUUAAAUGGAACCAGCGAUUGGAGAGUGAGACAUGCAUCUUGCCCCAUUUUAAAGGGUGAUAAGUGGAUUGCCACCAAAUGGUUGAGGGAGAGUCCCCAAAUGUUUAUUCGGCCUUGCCCAUUGAAGGUGAAGCCAUUGGCCGACUAUAGUGAUAACACUUUUAAAAAUAAGUUUUCUUAGGGCAAUUCCUUAAAAAAAAUUUUAAUUCUUAUAAAAUACAUUUAAAUAAAAAGUAUUUGUAAAUA